AUCAUUGAGGUGAAUUGUAUGAGCAAAGUCAAGUUAAAGUACUGUGGCGUGCACUUUAACUCCCCACAAAUUCGACCAACCAUUGAGCAGAUUGACCAGUCGUUUGGUGCCACACAUCCAGGAGUGUACAUUGCAGAAAAGCAGCUAUUUGUUUUGAAUUUCCGAGGUCUUUCAUUUGAUUUCUCAAUUAAUUCCAAGUAUGAGCCCAAAUAUGCCCAUGGCUUGGGCUCUCUACAGUUCCCCAACGGGAUGUCUCCCUUAGUGGCCAGAAUGUGUAUUUAUGCUGGGAACAGCCUUGUUGAUGCCAGGGCUCCAGCACUUCCAGUCUCCUGUUUCUAUGGCAACUGUUUCCUGGAAUGUCUUGAAGUUUUACGAGACAACAAUGUCACGUCCGGCUUGAAAUUUUUGCUGGUAACCGAGGGGAACAUACAGGGUAAACUAGUGGAUCCCCGCAAGAAGUCUGUGGAGAGGAUUGUCAGAUUUGGCGAUUCCGUGCAGGAUGUUGUGAGUGCCUUAGGCUGCCCCAGCCGGAAGUUUUACAAGUCUGAAGACAAGAUGAAGAUCCACCUGCCUGAUGCACACAGACACAUUCGAUCUAGCAGUGCCGACUACUUUUUCAAUUACUUCACACUGGGAGUGGACUUCCUCUUUGAUGCUGUGACUCAUCGUGUGAAGAAGUUUGUACUGCACACAAACUAUCCUGGCGACUACAACUUCAACAUUUACUGUCGCUGUGAGUUCAAGCUCCCUAUCAGCGUUGAAGCGUCCAAGGCGAGCCACGCUCAAACAAUAAUCGUGGAGGAUGAUAUAUUUGUCAUUACAGCAUAUUCUAAGUGGGAUGAAGUUCAGAAGUUCCUCAUGACCCCCAAGCAGAGGCCAGUCAUUCUGAACCGAUCAGCAUCAACUAAUACCAGCAACCCAUUCGGCUCCACCUUCUGUUACGGAGUCCAAGACUUGAUAUUUGAGGUGUUGCAGAACCAGCAUAUAGCUUCAGUGACUUUAUACUGGCCCUCGAUGUCGCGUGAAUCAUCCACAGCCUCCUGA